UCUCGUCAUAUCGGUUUGUUUUGAUGUUGUUAGCUUUCAUGCUAACAGCAACUUUCUAUCGUUUGCUCAAUUGAACCAAUAAAGUCCUAACUUCGUAUUUUAGGCAGAUACAACGGGAAAUUAUGAUUUAGGGCUUAUGACGAAUGUAAGAUUGAAUAAGACAAGACAACGUUUAAGGUUUUUCAUGUGUUGAUGAACAGUUUUUAUUUGUUGUAUAUUGUAAUUAUUGAUCCAAGUUGAUCCAUAAGUGGGCUGCCAGAGCUCAACCUACUAUCGAACUGACAAUGGAAAACCCCGAAAUAAAAAAGAUUUUCUUUUUCUUCAGGACUAACUUCGUUUCUUCUUUAAGUCAUUUUACCCAAGUAGAAGUCCCAUUAACAGAGUAGACCAGUAAAACGGUCGCCCGUGUGUUCAUGUGACCUCUGCGUUCAGUCUGCAGAUGAUCAGGUCACUUCAUGUGACCUCUGCGUUCAGUCUGCAGAUGAUCAGGUCACUUCAUGUGACCUCUGCGUGCAGUCUGCAGAUGAUCAGGUCACUUCAUGUGACCUCUGCGUUCAGUCUGCAGAUGAUCAGGUCACUUCAUUUGAGCUGUCUGCUGAAAGGAGCAUCUCUUCUUCUUCCUGGACAUCUCUCUGCCAACAAUCGGGACAAUGUUCAUGAGGGCCGCCUGCCCCCGUCGUCGCUCAGGCUGCUCGUUCCACCUGUGAGGGUGAUGACGGCUGUGAUGUGGAAGGUUGUUCGUCUGAGGAGAAUCCCUCAUUAUGGGAUGGUGGAGGAGUUUGUUUCCUUGGUAACCGAAGCCGUCCCCGACAUCUUGACAGACAGGCAGAUGAGACUGCUCACUCUGGGCUUAAGAGCAAAGGUCACGUUGCAGAUGUUACGUUCUGAACGUUCAGAGGAUCUUGCAGGUGUUGAAAAUCUCUUGAAGAGCCUCCUGACAUCUAGCUCAAAACAGGUUCAUCCAGGAAACGAGGCUCCUGUAGCCAACUUUGUCAGGCUUGUUAGAAGACUCCUGGAGGAUGCGAAAGAGAGAGAUCACUUCUUCAUGAAUGUGUUUCCUGUGGAGUUUGGACCUGACUUUGAUUUAGCUCUGGAGACACUGGUUUGUGAAUUCUUCACCCGAUUGGAAGAGUUGCUGCUCAUACCAAACUUUAAGCAGACUGCAGUGUGGAUGAGUGACACACCCUCCGGGCUAGAAGAAUACAUGCCGUGUGUAUACAAAGAGGAUGACCUUAAAGUACUGCUCAGAAGCAAGGCCCACUGGGGUCAAAUGGCCGGGAUGGAUGCCAGCGUGCUCUCACCUUCGGAGCAGCAGCUCUUCUCAUCGUUAUGCCGCCCUCCCUCACUGCCGGACAGGACUGCCAGAGAUGCAGAAACACUUCAAAUCCAGAAAGAAUCUGAUGAAAUUCCUCACCAGGACGCAGGAAAUAUGGCGACACACGAUACAACAUGGCCAUCUGAGGAGGAAACAAACACUUGGUGCAGCAGUAAUGCAGAACAAACUAUUGCGGAGACGUGCGGCGAUCAGCAGCAUUGUGACGGGACGUCGGCCGCCUGCGAUGGAGCUCCCGCUACGUCCGCUGAGAGUCUGAUAUCGUCCAGCUCCGUGAUUGAUGCUCCACAGCGGAGAGUUGCACAGAAAUGCGCUCAGUGUGGAAAGUGCUUUGUAUACCGUUACGAACUCCUGGAGCAUCACAGGCUGCACACCGGAGAAAACCCUUACAAGUGCUCGCAGUGCGGGAAAGCCUACAGGAGGAGCUCUGAUCUGGCCUAUCACAGACGGAAACGGUGCCCAAAAGCAGCUCAUAUUUGUAUUAAGUGUGGGGGGAGUUUUCAAUCAAUGCAGGAGAGAUUCAAACACCAGUGUUGUGUCCCAAAGUUUGACUGUUCUCAAUGCGGAAAAAGCUUUAAGACGAAGCACUUGCUGAGUAAGCAUGAGGUGACGCACAGCCAGCGCCGGGUCUUCACGUGCAGACGGUGUAGGAAAGCGUUCCCCAGCAUUACUGAGUUGAGAUCCCACCAGAGGAUCCAUCCUGCCGACCUGUCCACUCCGUGCACGCAGUGUGGGAAGUACUUCCGCUCUGUGGCCAGUUUGGCAGCUCACGAGCUGCAGCACAGGAGACAGAAAACCCAGGUGUGUGUGUGUUGUGGUAAAGCUUUCCGGAACAGCCAUGAGCUCAAUCUCCACAUGCGCAGUCACACGGGUGAGAAGCCCUUUCAGUGCACGUACUGUGGGAAGCGUUUCUCUGCGAGAGGAAACCUGAACGUCCACAUAAGGAUCCACACCGGAGAGAAACCGUAUCUGUGCACCGACUGCGGCAAGGCUUUCGUUUCAGCCGGCGAGCUGCAGAUCCACAGACGCACACACACGGGGGAAAAGCCGUACAAGUGCACCGUGUGCGGGAACGGGUUCACCAUGGCGAGCAAAUUGACAGUUCAUAUGCGCGUUCACACCGGAGAGCGUCCUUUCAUCUGUUUUGAGUGUGGGAGAGGGUUUUCACGUGGCCACGAAUUGAAAAAACAUACCAUGACUCAUACCGGCGUGCGGCCCUACGCUUGUCAGCAGUGUGAGAAGGCCUACACGUGCCACAAUCACCUGAAGAGACACCUGAAGACUCACACUGUGGUGCAAAACCAGACUGUCUGAUUCCACCAAUCGACAUUUGAUUUAACUCAAAUACUGUUUGUAUUGGUGCAAGUAGCCCGUACUGUAGCGAUGUUGAUUUCAUGCACUGUAGAAUAGCUUCUGUAGCGCUCACCAUCUCCUGUUUUCAGUGACUGAUUCUCAUUGUAUCCUCUGUAAUUACAUUAAAAUGUAUUACUGUUUUUCUGUU